CCGUAUUUCGGGAUGCGGGGGAUCGAGCCCGGUCGGCGGCGUGCAAGGCAGGCACCUGACCCUCUGCACGACCGCUCCGGCCCAUCUCCCCCCUGAACUGGCCCCUCCUCCGCCCCUUCCCCGCACUCGGGUCUGGCAGGGGAAUGCCACCCCUGGACAAACCCGUUUCCAACACAGCUCUCGCCGCUGCAACCCGGGACUCCUCCCGCAGCGCAUCCCUCGCCCCUCCCCGGAGCCCCGCCCACGCCGAGGGACAGCCAGCCCCCUUCCCUGCGCUCCGAGGGUGCCGGCCCAAGCCCCUCCCUCGGACAGCCCGGAGGCCGAGGACGCGGGCGGCACCGUAGAAGAAUGGCUGAGGGGCUACCUAGCGCGGGCGGCCGGCCAGGAGCCGGGCUGAAGCAAGGGGGCGGGGUUGAGGGGGGCGGGCCCGGGCGCGGGGAGUGAAAGCGAAAGCGCAGGCGGCGCAAGAGCUCAGAGCCGAGAGGUAGAGAGAGAAGCAGCUCGGCAGCAGCAUGGCCAAGCCGGGUGGGGUACGCCUGAGCGGGGAAGCCCGCAAGCAGGUGGAUGUCUUCAGGCAAAGUCUUUUCCAGGAGGCCGAGGAAUUCCUCUCCAGCUUCUUGCCCCAGAAAAUCAUACACCUGAAUCAGCUCUUGCAGGCGGAUUCCCUCAACGUGGCCGACUUGACCUCUCUCCGGGCCCCCUUGGACAUCCCCAUACCAGAUCCACCCCCUAAGGAUGAUGAGAUGGAAACAGACAAACCAGAGAAGAAGGAAGUCCCUAAGUGUGGCUUUCUCCCGGGGAAUGAGAAGAUUCUGGCACUCCUUGCUGUGGUUAAGCCUGAGGUCUGGACUCUGAAAGAGAAGUGCAUUCUGGUGAUCACAUGGAUUCAGCAUCUGAUUCCCAAGAUUGAAGAUGGAAAUGACUUUGGGGUGGCAAUCCAGGAAAAAGUACUGGAGAGGGUGAAUGCUGUCAAAACCAAAGCAGAAGCCUUCCAGACGACCAUUUCCAAGUAUUUCUCAGAACGUGGGGAUGCUGUGGCCAAGGCCUCUAAGGAGACCUAUGUAAUGGAUUAUCGGGCCCUGGUACACGAGCGAGAUGAGGCGGCCUAUGGGGCACUCAGGGCCAUGAUGCUGGACCUCAGGACCUUCUAUGCCGAGCUUUACCAUAUCAUCAGCUGCAAUCUGGAGAAAAUCGUAAAUCCGAAAGGUGAAGAGAAGCCAUCCAUGUACUGAGCCCAGGGUUAGAAGGGAAAUAAAUGACCUAUACGUUGUA